CCAAUAGAAGCAAUAUAUCCAAAAGCAUUUUUGAGAGGUGGCCGCAGCUUCUUCACAGACAUGGCAAUGGCAGUUUCAUUGAACUGGAUUCCACCUUCCUUUACAAAGAAGGCAAAUCAUGUCGCACAGUCAGCUCGACCGUGUGCUUUUUCUUUGCAAAACUCAGUCACAUGCCCCAAUGAAGAAAGUACAGGCAAUUGCAAGAGAAGACUGUUGCUGUUGGGUGUAGGAGCUAUUACAGCUAACUUAGUCCCUGCAACUUCUCUUCUUGCAGAACAAGUGAUACCUCAAAACUAUAGAGCGUUUGUUGACAUUCCAGAUGGCUAUUCUUAUUAUUACCCAUCAGACUGGAGGGAAUUUGAUUUUAGGGGACAUGAUUCGGCAUUCAAAGACAGGUUUCUUCAACUGCAAAAUGUUAGGGUGAGAUUCAUACCAACUGAUAAGAAAGACAUCCAUGACUUGGGACCAAUGGAUGAGGUGGUUUACAAUUUGGUGAAUCAUGUUUACGCUGCACCAAAUCAAAUGGUGAAUAUACUUGACAUGCAAGAGAGAACAAGUGAUGGGAAGAACUAUUACACCUUUGAAUAUGAGCUCACCUCUCCAAACUAUGCUAGUGCUUCCUUUGCAACAAUAGCUAUUGGAAAUGGGAGAUAUUACACACUGGUCGUUGGAGCACUCGAAAGGCGAUGGAGAAAGGUUCGGAACAAGCUGAAAGUGGUGGCUGACUCCUUCAAGGUGCUUGACAUCUGAAGAUCCCCACUGCUCUGACUGUAUGUAUGGCAGUACACACCAUUGGUGUUGUUUUUGUUGAGCAUCAUCUUCAACUUUAAUCAUUUACCAUUAUUCCUUCAAUUUUUCGAUCGUGGCUUCCUCUAUUAUUUCUUGCAUCUGAUAAUUUCUCGACACAGUACGAAUAACAUGAAAAUAGCAAUUUAACA